GCUCAGGGAGCGCGCAGCACGGCGAUCGGCGAUGUGCUGGUGUCCCUCGGACACAGCGGAUCACGGAAAGAGCCGAAGAUGUCGGCUCAGUCAUGUGAUCAGUUGUGUCCAAUCACUGCUGAUCACAUGGGACAUGUACACUGAUCAUCAGGGCACUGAUGAUCAGUGUGCCCUGAUGAUCAGUGUAGCCCCAGCAGUGCCACCUGUCAGUGUCCAUCAGUGCCUCGUGCCAGUGCCCAUCAGUGCCACAUAUCAGUGCCCAUCUGAGCUGCCUUUCAGUGUGGCCCAACAGUACCCAUCAGUGAUGUCUGUCAAUGCCCAUCAGUGCCACCUACCAGUGCCACCUAUCAGU